CAAACUCCGGGAUCGUUAGUGUUUUGCGGUGUAACGCUUCCACGUUUUAUGUCAGGGAGGAAGUCGCACAGGAGCAGUAACACCCUGAUUGACCUCAUACAUAUUAUAGCCUACAGCAAACCACCACUGCCACAUGAUCCGACUACAGCCUCACCAUCUUUCAAACACUGCAGAGCAACUACUCCCGGAACUACAGCCCAUCUGUUUGGAGGUAAGAUGACUUCUCAAAGUGCAAGGACGUUGCUCACACUGGAUGCUGAAGCAGUCGCCUCACUCACAGAGGGAAUCAAUUUCAAUAAAAGCCAAGAGGACGGGAAAUGUUACAUCAUAUACAAGAACAACGACGGCCUUAGAGCAUGCAAGAACCAAUGCAAACACCAAGGAGGGUUAUUCAUCAAAGACAUCGAAGACCUGGAUGGCAGGACUGUUAAAUGCACCAAACACAACUGGAAGUUGAAUGUGUCAUCGAUGAAAUAUGUGAAUCUACCAGACAGCUUCUUGCAGGACGAGCUUGAUGUGGACAUUUUGGAUGAUGGGGGGCUUCAGCUGGUUGAAUUGAGCCCCAUGGACCCCUGGCUGGCUGACCCACGAGAGCCUCAGGAGCUCCAGGAAGGAGAAGUGAAGGUGACAUACAUGACACACGCCUGCAUGGAGGUGCAGCUGGGCCAGAAGCGGUUCAUGUUCGACCCAUGGUUGAUAGGUCCUGCAUUCGCCCGAGGUUGGUGGCUUGUCCAUGAGCCUCCAGCAGACUGCCUGGACCAGAUGUGUACAGCAGAUUUCAUCUACAUCAGCCACAUGCACUCGGACCACCUUAGGUAA